AUGCGUUUUGAAUUUCUCGAUGAAGAUAUUAUAUUGAUUAGGGAUUGCAACAUACCCGACUCUGAAGAAGGACCCGAGCCUGGGUCCCGUUGGACUUUAGUUUUUGAUGGAGCUUAUAACACUCACCACAAUGGCAUUGGGGCAGUAAUCACCUUCCCAACUGGUUUUCACCUCCCAUUGAUUGCAAGGUUAUGUUUUGAAUAUACAAACAAUAUGGCGGAGUACGAGGCUUGUAUCUUCGGUAUCGAAGUUGCUAUUGAUCUUUGGAUCAAAAUCCUUGAAUUCUGCGAAGAUUCAGCCUUGGUGAUUCGCCAAGUCAAAGGAGAUUGGGAUACUAGAGAUCACAAGCUCAUUCCUUACAAGGAGCAUGUCUUGAAACUAAUCCUCUACUUUGAUGAGAUCACAUUCCAUCACAUCGCUCAAGAGGAGAAUCAACUAGUUGACGCCUUGGCAACUUUGGCAUCCAUGUUUAAGGUCAAGUGGAAGAAUGAAGCACCAUCCUUUCACCUCAACUACUUUGACGAGCCUGCUUACUAUUUGGCGGCUGAAAGCGAAGCUGACGGUUAUCCUUGGUUCUAUGAUAUCAUAAGAUUCCUAGAAUGCCAAGAAUACUCUAAGGAUGCAUCCAUUACCGAUAAUAAGUACCUUCGGAAAUUAUCUUCCAAGCUCUUCUUAAGUGGAGGGGUACUGUACAAGAGAAAUUAUGAUUUGGUUUUGCUAAGAUAUGUGAACAAGCAAGAAGCAAACAAAAUCAUAAUGGAAAUCUAUGAAGGCUCCUUCGGGACUCAUGCCAACGGGCAUACUAUGGUGAAGAUAAUCUUGAGGGCCGACUAUUAUUGGAUGACUAUGGAGGUUGACAGUCACCGCCAUGUCCAAACAUGCCACAAAUGCCAGAUAUACACUGACAAGAUCCAUGUGCUGCCAAUACCACUCAAUGUCUUGAUAUCUCCUUGGCCUUUUUCCAUGUGGGGCAUUGACGUAAUUGUGCGCACAAAGCCAACAUCCUCGAAUGGGAACCGCUUCAUCCUUGUAGCCAUUGACUAUUUUAUGAAAUGGGUAGAAGUCAUCUCAUACGCCAACAUUCCCACAUAA